AUGAGUGGGCUUCCUCCACCUCCACCACCACCUGGCUUCAAUGCGUCAGUGCCGCCACCGCCUCCCCCUGGUUUCAGGAAGAGAACCUCAGUAAGCAGGAGCGAAGAUGACUUUAAUGUAAAAGAUUUAAAAGAGCAACUGUUACCUCCACCCCCUCCACCUCCAAUGCCAUCCUCCAUUUCUGCAUUACCUCCUCCACCGCCACACCAUCACCACCAUAAGGGACCUGAUACAUCAAAGCCAGCCUUAAAGAAGCAAAAGCUUCUCUCACAUUGUUUGGAAUCCCCUAGACUCAGCGUAGAAGAACUAAAGGAACGAAAGAGAGAGUGGAUUUCCUCGCAAAAAAAGAGAUUUAGACAAUCCUCCUCCAAAUGCGCGAGAGGAAAAACUCAAAAGCGAGGUGUGAUACAUUCGCAUAAGGUUGACAUGCCACCGGAACAUUUGCGCAAGAUAAUCAAUGAUCACAAAGACAUGUCAUCUAAAAGAUUCAUCCAUGACAAGAGAGCUUUCUUAGGCGCACUAAAGUAUAUGCCUCACGCAAUUUUGAAGCUUUUAGAGAAUAUGCCUCAGCCUUGGGAACAAGUGAAAGAAGUCAGGGUUUUAUAUCACAAUACAGGCGCUUUGACAUUUGUGAAUGAAAUUCCCCGUGUAAUUGAGCCGGUAUUCACCGCUCAAUGGUCAGCCGCUUGGAUAGCUAUGAGGAGAGAAAAAAGGGAUCGUCGUCACUUCAAAAGGAUGAGAUUUCCGCCUUUUGAUGAUGAAGAACCACCCCUCUCCUAUCAUGAACACAUACAAGGAAUUGAACCACUGGAUGGUAUAACGUUGCAAUUAGACGAAGUUGACGACGCGCUCAUUAAAGACUGGAUUUUUGAUUCGAAGCCGCUUUUAGAUGAAAAAAGUUGUGUUAACGGUUCAUCAUACAAGACAUGGAGUAUCGAUCAUCGUACUAUGGCAAACCUGCAUAGGUUAUCCUCACCGCUUUUAGAUUCAGGGCUUGAUUCAAAUAAAAAUUACCUUUUCGAAAAGAAAUCUUUCUUCACUGCAAAAGCACUUAAUAAUGCCAUUCCAGGAGGCCCCAAGUUCGAGCCUUUGUUUUCUGCCGAAGAAGAGAAUGACAUCAAUGAAUUCAACUCACUUGACCGUGUCAUUUUUCGAGUUCCUAUAAGAACGGGCUAUAGGAUAGCUUUCCCACAUCUCUACAAUAGCAGGCCCCGCGCUGUUCAGUUGUCAUGGUAUCAUACGCCUAUUGCCUGUUUAGCGGAGGAAACUCAAGAUGAAAACGCCGAAACCUUCCGUUUUGAUCCUUCCUUCAAUCUCAUUAGCGCUUCUUAUGGCACGUCGCGCCCUCUUAGCUUAGAAAGUGAGGAUUUUCUCCUUGACGCCAAUUUCAGGCCGCUUUUGAGCAGUGAGAAAGUUUGCCUGCCCGACACAAAAGCUGCAAUCAGCCUUUAUCAUGCACCAUAUCCAUUUAACCUCAGGUCAGGAAGGACCGUAAGAGCCCAGGAUGUUGCUCUUGUUAAAAAGUGGUACCUCCAGAAGCCCGAAACUGACGUUCCAGUCAAAGUUAGGGUCUCAUAUCAAAAGCUUUUAAAAAAUUACGUUCUUAAUGAACUUAAAAGUUCAAAGCUUGGAAAACAGUCCAAGAAAAAGCUCCUAAGAAGUCUCAGAAAUACGAAGUUCUUCCAGCAGACAUCGAUCGACUGGGUUGAGGCAGGGCUGCAACUAUGCACCCAGGGCUUUAACAUGCUUAACUUGUUGAUUCAUCGUAAAGGUCUAACAUAUUUGCAUUUAGACUAUAACUUCAAUUUGAAGCCCACCAAAACGCUGACGACAAAAGAGCGAAAGAAAUCUAGAUUUGGACACGCCUUCCAUUUGAUGCGCGAAAUUCUAAAAGCUAUAAAGCUUUUAGUUGAUGCACACGUUCAGUAUCGAUUGGGAAAUGUUGACGCUUUUCAGCUUGCAGAUGGAGUUUAUUACAUUUUGAAUCACCUCGGUCAGUUAACUGGGAUAUACCGCUACAAAUAUAAAGUCAUGCACCAAAUAAGGGCCUGCAAAGAUCUUAAACACGUUGUCUAUAAUAGGUUCAACAGAGUUAUAGGGAAGGGUCCCGGGUGUGGCUUUUGGCAGCCGGCGUGGAGAGUGUGGAUCUUUUUUAUGAGGGGAAUAAUUCCUCUACUUGAAAGAUGGUUAGGGAAUCUUCUCGCCCGUCAGUUCGAGGGGCGUUCUAGCGAGGUAAUUAAAACAGCAACAAAGCAGCGCCUCGAUGCAUACUACGAUCUUGAAUUGAGAGCCGCUGUCAUGAAUGAUAUCCUUGAUAUGAUGCCUGAGGGCAUUCGUCAGAAUAAAAGCAAAACAAUUUUACAGCAUCUCAGUGAGGCCUGGAGGUGUUGGAAAGCGAACAUUGCAUGGAACGUGCCAGGUAUGCCAGAACCAAUAAAAAACAUAAUUGAAAGGUACAUCAAAGCCAAAGCUGAUGGGUGGGUAUCAGCAGCUCAUUAUAACCGUGACCGAAUUAAACGGGGUGCUCACGUUGAAAAGACAGUCGUCCGGAAAAAUCUAGGGAGGUUGACACGUUUAUGGAUCAAGCAUGAACAAGAAAGACAACAGUUGAUUGAGAAGAACGGUCCUGAGAUUACGCCACUUGUGGCAACAACUAUCUUUAAAACUAUGGUUGACUGGUUAGAACAGAACAAUUUUUCUCCUGUACCUUUCCCACCUCUCACGUAUAAAAAUGAUACAAAGAUCCUUGUGCUAGCCUUAGAGAACCUUAAGAAUGCUUUCGCGUCCAAAGUGCGUCUUAACGCUUCUGAGAGAGAAGAGCUUGCUUUAAUUGAGGAAGCGUAUGAUAAUCCUCACGAUACGCUAAACCGCAUCAAGAAAUAUUUACUUACACAGCGGGUUUUCAAACCUGUUGAUCUCUCUAUGAAAGACCAGCUUCAAACUAUUUCACCUGUCUAUUCAGUGGAUCCAUUGGAGAAAAUCACUGAUGCUUAUCUUGAUCAAUACCUUUGGUAUGAAGCAGACAAGCGCCAAUUGUUCCCAAAUUGGAUAAAACCAAGUGACACUGAGAUUCCUCCGUUGCUAGUAUACAAAUGGGCUCAAGGCAUCAAUAACUUAAGUGAGGUCUGGGAUGUUAACAAUGGCCAGUCAACAGUUUUGCUACAAACAAAAUUAGAGGGACUUGCUGAGAAAAUUGAUUUGACGCUAUUGAACAGAUUGCUCAGGCUUGUAAUGGAUCCAAACCUGGCAGAUUAUAUUACUGCAAAAAACAAUGUCGUCUUGAAUUUUAAAGACAUGAGUCACGUUAAUAAAUACGGCCUCAUUCGAGGAUUACAGUUUUCCUCUUUCGUCUACCAAUUCUACGGUUUGAUGCUGGAUCUUUUGAUUUUGGGACCUCAAAGAGCUUCUGAAUUAGCAGGGCCAUCACAAGCUCCAAACAACUUUUUACAGUUUAAAAGUUUGGAUGUUGAAAAGAGAAAUCCCAUUAGGUUAUAUUGCCGGUACUUCGAUGUCGUGCACAUUCUAUUCCAUUUUGAAGAGCAAGAUUCAGAGGCCCUUGUGCUAGAUUUUCUUUCUGAAAACCCUGAUCCUAAUUUCGAAAACGCAGUUGGUUACAACAACAAAAAGUGUUGGCCCAAGGACGCGAGAAUGAGAUUGAUGCGUCCAGACGUUAAUCUCGGAAGGGCAGUUUUCUGGGAAAUUUCUAACCGCGUUCCAAUUUCUCUUGUAAACAUAACAUGGGAAAACUCUUUUGCAUCUGUUUAUAGCAAGUCCAAUCCUAAUUUGCUAUUCACUAUGUGCGGAUUUGAGGCUAGGAUUUUACCAAACUUUAGAACAGAAGAAAUGAUAUCUUUCGAUGAAGGAGUAUGGGAUUUAGUUGACGAGAGAACAAAACAAAGAACAGCAAAAACCUUUUUGCGGGUUUCAGAUGAACACGUCGAAAAAUUCAAUGAUACCAUUAGAGGGAUCCUAAUGGCCUCAGGAUCUACCACUUUUACUAAGAUAACAGCAAGGUGGAAUACUGCAUUGAUUUCUCUGUUUACGUAUUUUAGAGAGGCUGUUGUUUCAACUGAAUCACUUCUUGAUGUUUUGGUUAAAUGUGAAACAAAAAUCCAGAAUAGAGUCAAGCUUGGUUUAAAUUCAAAAAUGCCAACAAGGUUUCCUCCAGCGGUUUUCUAUACCCCCAAGGAGCUUGGAGGGCUUGGCAUGUUAAGUGCUUCUCACAUUCUGAUCCCCGCAUCCGACCUAAGUUGGUCUAAACAAACAGAUACGGGGAUCACUCAUUUCCGGGCAGGAAUGACACAUGAAGAUGAAAAAUUAAUUCCUACCAUUUUCCGGUAUAUUACUACUUGGGAAAACGAGUUUCUUGAUUCGCAAAGAGUUUGGGCGGACUACGUAGCUAAACGUCAGGAGGCCCUCAAACAAAACAGGCGUUUAGCUUUUGAAGAACUAGAAGGAUCUUGGGAUCGCGGUAUUCCUCGAAUUAGCACCUUGUUUCAAAAAGAUCGCCACACUUUGGCAUAUGAUAAGGGCCAUAGAGCUCGUUCUCAAUUUAAAGACUUUUCUUUAGAGCGCAACAAUCCAUUUUGGUGGACAGAUACACAUCACGAUGGUAAAUUGUGGAAUCUUAACGCUUAUCGCACAGAUGUCAUCCAGGCCCUUGGUGGUAUUGAAACAAUUUUAGAACACACGCUGUUCAAAGGCACUGGGUUCAACUCUUGGGAAGGGCUGUUUUGGGAGAAGGCAUCGGGGUUCGAAGACUCGAUGCAAUUCAAAAAACUAACACAUGCCCAAAGAACUGGAUUGAGCCAAAUUCCCAACCGUAGAUUUACCUUGUGGUGGUCGCCUACAAUCAACAGAGCAAAUGUUUAUGUUGGAUUUUUAGUCCAACUUGAUCUCACUGGUAUAUUUUUGCAUGGUAAAAUCCCAACUUUAAAGAUAUCUUUGAUUCAAAUUUUCAGGGCUCAUUUGUGGCAAAAGAUCCACGAAAGUAUUGUGUUUGAUGUUUGCCAAGUAUUGGAUGGUGAGAUGGAUAUGCUGCAAAUCGAGUCUGUUGAAAAAGAAGCAAUACACCCUCGCAAGUCUUACAAGAUGAAUUCGUCUGCUGCUGAUGUAACUUUGUCAAGCAAUCACACUUGGAAUGUCUCUAGCCCAUCCCUACUUCACAAUACAAAUGAUAAUUUCAACGUGUCUAACUCGAGCAAGGUAUGGAUAGACGUCCAACUUAGAUAUGGAGAUUAUGAUUCUCACGAUAUUUCGCGCUACGUCAGGGCAAAGUUUCUUGAUUACACUACUGAUAAUGUCAGUAUGUAUCCUUCGCCGACUGGCGUUAUGAUCGGAAUUGACUUGGCUUAUAACAUGUAUGAUGCAUACGGCAACUGGUUCGACGGUUUAAAAACGUUGUUACAAAACGGUAUGAAGACAAUAAUGAAAGCCAACCCAUCGUUGUAUGUUCUACGCGAACGCAUCAGGAAGGGCCUGCAAAUUUACCAAUCCCAAACCCAAGAACCGUUUUUGAACUCGUCCAAUUAUGCUGAACUUUUCAGCGACGAGACCAAGUUAUUCAUUGAUGAUACCAACGUCUAUCGAGUCGCAGUUCAUACAACUUACGAGGGAAAUAUUGCGACCAAACCUAUCAAUGGCUGUAUCUUUACUUUAAACCCUAAAACUGGUGAACUUUUCUUGAAAAUUAUACACACAUCAGUAUGGGCGGGUCAAAAGCGUCUAAGCCAGUUAGCAAAAUGGAAAACAGCUGAAGAAACGAGCGCUUUAAUAAGGUCGCUUCCUAAAGAAGAGCAGCCAAAGCAAGUAAUCGUUACGCGUAAGGCCAUGCUAGACCCCUUAGAGGUCCACAUGCUUGACUUCCCAAACAUCUCAAUUAGGCCAACUGAAUUAAAACUUCCAUUUUCGGCAUCAAUGGCAAUUGAAAAGCUUUCGGACGUUGUCACGAAGGCAACGGAGCCUCAAAUGGUUCUUUUCAAUAUAUACGAUGAUUGGCUUGAGCGAGUAUCAUCUUACACAGCUUUUUCAAGGUUGAUUCUUCUUUUGAGGGCAUUACGGACCAACGAAGAAAGGGCAAAGAUGAUUUUGAAGGCAGACCCAACUAUACCUAUCAAAGAGCACCAUUUAUGGCCUUCGUUUUCAGAUGAUCAGUGGAUUGAGAUAGAAUCCCAAAUGAGAGACCUCAUUCUCGUGGAAUAUGGCAAAAAAUAUAACGUUAACAUUGCAUCGUUAACGCAAACUGAAAUAAAGGAUCUGAUAUUGGGUCAAAACAUUAAGGCACCAUCUGUGAAGAGGCAACAAAUGGCUGAGCUUGAGAUGUCAAAGACAACCCAAAAUUCAAAUGGUCUGGAUUCGUCCUCAGGUUCCGCCAUGAAAAUUAAAAGCACGAAUGCGCAGGGAGAAGAAAUUAUGGUUGUGACUUCAACUAACUUCGAGACACAAACAUUCAGCACGAAAAAUGAAUGGCGUAAGCGCGCUAUAGCAAAUUCUUUACUUUACAUGCGUCUGAAAACCAUUUACCUGGCGUCAGAUGACUUUGUCGAAGAAAAAGAUGUUUUCAUUCUACCCAAAAACUUACUGAAGAGGUUCGUGGAGAUUUCAGACACGAAGGCGCAGGUUGCGGGUUACAUUUUCGGUAAGAAAGCGGCUGGUCAUGAAAAAGUCAAAGAAAUUAGGACCAUAGUUAUCGUACCUCAACUGGGCAAUACUCAUACCGUUCAGUUAAGUAUGCUCCCAGAGUACUCGCCUUAUUUGCAGGAUUUGGAAUUGCUAGGGUGGACUCACACACAAAGCCAGGAGCUCAAAUAUAUGUCCGCCCCUGAGGUCACAACACAUUCGAAUAUUUUCAAAGGCGAGAAAGACCUGGUGAGUUUGUCUGUAUGCCUGAAUCCUGGAUCGAUCUCGUUGGCAGCCUACACUGUUUCUGAGGAAGGAUAUUCCUGGGGCUCAUCGAAUAAGAAUCUGUUUGACGCAGAACCACAAGGAUUUGACCCCGAAUUUAGUGAGCACGCACAGUUGAUGCUUUCAGACCGUGUUACUGGCAACUUCUUAGUUCCAUCAAACGAUGUUUGGAAUUACGCGUUUAUGAGCGCAGUUUUCAGUCCUUCAGCUAAAUAUGAGCUUAAGCUGGAUAUUCCAAUCGAGUUCUACAACGAACUGCAUCGCUCAAUUCAUUUCCUUCAAUUCAGCGACAUGGUGGAAAAUGAAGAACUUGAGCCAGAGAAAGAAGACGUUUUUGCAUAG